AUGCCUAGGGCUUCAAGUGGUGCUUGUGUCCGAUGCAAACGUGCCUGGACGUCCCCGAAUCCUCUCGUCAAGGACCCGGCUCCGGAGAACACUUUGAAGCGACGAGGCCAGGCAAACUUCUGUCAGCCUUGCUUCUCCUACUGUUCUUGCGAUCCUCAAUUCAAACAACUGUCUGCUGCGGAGAUUGUGACAAAGAUCGAUGAGGAUCAGGCUAGCUACGACAGUGGACUAACUUCCUGGGAGGAGAGCAGGCGUGAAGGUGGCCGUCGUUCCAGAAAUCCGGAUCGUUCGACCCAAGUGACGGGCGAGGUUCGCAAUGCGGUGUCCACGAAGCAGCUGCUUGGUUACUUGUGGCCACAAGCCCUGUUGAAGAAGCAUGGGCUACUAGACCUGUGGACGAAAGGUCCUCGACAGACUAUAAUCCAUUUUGGCCAAAAGCUGACUGGAGUCAUGCGGGAGGUCAAUGGGGUAGGGGCUGUCGAGGUGACCCAGGACAGCCAGAUUGCAGCUGUAAGAGCUCACCAGGUUUGUGAUCGCGAAGCAGAUGAACAAGAUGAGGCGGAUGACGUCCACCAGAGCUUGACCAAGCAGCUCAAGCUGACCCAGGAUGAUGAUGGCAAUGGGUUGCUCAAGGGCAAGAAGAAGGGCAGGGAUGAUUUCGAUGAUUUCUUCGGCAUCUGGGGGGUUUCGGGGGCUGUAUCGUCGUCAGGCUCCAAGGACAAGGACAAUGACGAGGAUGCAACAGAUGCUGUUCAGACAGGUACCCCGAAACCCAACAAACGUCCUCGCAAAGAGGUGGCCAAGGCCUCCACUUUCAGUGGAGCGGGGUGCCGAUUGUCCGGUGGCACUACUACUUUGACUGUGAAUGCCCAAGGAGGGGGGGAUGAUUCCACCACUCAGCCAGACUCAUCGACUCCUCAGUUUGGGUCAUCCGCUUCAUGGCUGUUUGGAGGGAGCAGCAAGAUUCGCGGUGCAAAAGGAAAAGGCGCCGGCAAGGGGUCAUGCAAGGAGUUGGAUCUCACCGACAAAAUCCUGCAACAGUAUGACAACACGAAGGUGGCUUUCGCCAGUGAUGCCUCCUUCAUGAGCAUUACCUUUGCAAAGGUGACCACAAUGGCCGAGAAGCUACAGGGUCGAAGCAGCGAGGAGUGCUUGAAGCUCCUCAGGGACUUGACGGCAUCCGGUUCCGGUACCGACACUGAGAGGGCCUUGUCCAUUAUGCGGAGGCUCAGUGCUGCAAACUCCGAGGUUGCUGCUCUUUGCCAGGUGGUUUCAGCGGUGCAUGACAUGGAAGCAAGUGCCGCCACUCUGCUAGAGGGUAUCAAUGAAGCCAAGAGUGCAGGAAUUUCUCUGCCAGGGAGUUUGCACCAGAUGUACCAUGCUCGGGCAUUGAAGGAGGAAUGCAAGUCGGGAAAUUGGCAGGGCUUCUUGGACAUGCUGCAGUGUGCGGAAAUUGGCGCUAUGUUCGGCACAGGAUCUGAGCAGGAUGCUCUCAUUGAAUUCCAAUUUUGCUCCUUCCGAUCCUCGUUGUCCAAACUCUUGCAGCAGGAAGUCUCCCCGGCGGAUGUGCAGAAGCCGGACCCCAAUGUGCCAUCGCCGCCGAUUUCCGAAGAAGAGAAGUCUCGCCGAGAGGCAGCCAAGAACCAGGCUAUGAAGGCAAGAGCUUUGGAGCUGGCGAAUGGGGUCAAGGACUUCUUGCACUGUUUCCUUGAAUCGCCCUUGUCUGCUACCUGGUCCCAGCAUCCUUCCGUGGCGUCUUUCGUGGUGGAGAUAGAGAAUUUGAAGAAAGUGGCCGAUGCAGCAUGCAUGGGUGAGGCUCUCCAGCUGCAUGCCGAUGAUAUUGAUACCUUGAGAAGUGCUCGGUUGUCCGUGGUGAACAAAAAGGCCGCAAUGCAUGAGUGCAUGACCCUUUUUCCUUUAGGUCAGUUCAUCCAACAGAUGUGCAAUGCUGGGCUGGAGGCUUGGCAUCGUGAUAGGGCUCUCGCAGCAGACUUGGAGUCCUGCAUCACUACCUGUUCUCAGAUGAAAAGCUUCACUGCGGACAUGCUGUUGAAGGGCGAGGCUCCCGAGAUCACAAUUCAGGUUCCAGGGCAAGCGAAGCUUUGCGAGGUUGUGCAGAAGAUGAACAUGAUUCAGAACACCGCCUCGCCCUUGUUCCUGCAGGAGUUUUCUUCCCAGGUGGCAUUGGUCGAAACCAAGAUGCAGGAGGUGAGGGAUGCCUUGUUCCAGGCUUGUGCUCGGAAGUUUCACCUCGUAUGUGGUGAUGCUGUACUUGGGGUCUUGAGCACGAUCCUCUCAGAGAGCCUGACAGCAGAUCUCACGGCCAAGCUCAUCGAAAAGAUUAACUCGGCCAAAGCCUUCAGUCCAUGCUCCCAAGCUCUUCUGCAGAAGUGCAUCGGCAUGCAAGCCCAGGAAGUAAUCUCCGUUGUGACGGGUGUGCGAGACUUCUUCGGAGCCUUUGCAGCUGCUCUUCCAGGCCUUGUUGCUCUUUGGCAAGCCGCCGGCGAUGCAGCUCUGUUCUCCCCGUCCCGUUUGUUGCAUGCUGAGAUGACUAAGUUCAUGGCGGCUUGGGCGAGUGCUUCCACAAGGUCUGCACUACAGGAGAUGGCGCCCGAGAUCGACGAGAAGCUUUCUGCAGUGGUCCGGAAGAUUUGUGAGAAUGCCCUGUUACCGGAAUGCAUUUCAUUUGGCUUCAUCAACUUCGUCGUCUUCUUGACCAAGGGAGAUGCAAGCGAGGACAUGAAAACCAUCGUGGGCGAAUUCCAGGGCGACGAAGACAAGGUGAUGUUGGACUUCGAGGGGAUAUUCGAGCAGUACUCCAUUGAGUUAGCCCGGGAUUGGUAUCCUCUUCAGGAAGGUGAUCUGCAGCUGUCGAGUUCGGCGAUUUGUGCAGCCGGGUCAGUUCUUCCUCUUGCGAAGAUGGUUGUCCAUAUGUCGAGUUGGACACGAUCCAUUUCCCUGACGACUUCCACUGCACUUGCUCUGCAGAAAGGCGUCAGCAACCCCAAGGAUUUGUUUGUGGAUUGUAUUAUGACUAAUCUGGGCAGCAAGGAGCACGAAGCAGGUAAGUUCAUGCAUUGUCUACGACGGGCCUCUCAGGGUGCAAAUACUACACAGCAGCAGAUGGCCGCUGAGUUUGUGAAUGGCUGCUUGGUCAAGGGUGCACACCUUUUCCUAAAGGCGAUUGAGAUUGCCACCGCAGAUUUCCGGGAGCUUCGCGACACCUUGCAUGUUUGCUACAAGCAGUUCGACGGCCUCGUGGAGUUCAAUGCAUCCUUGGAUGAGGGAAAGAUCGACUCGGUUCUCACGGAUCGGCUAUGCCAGUGCCCCUCCAUGCAGAAGUGUUUUCUUUUCCUUUCGCAUGGUCCGGAGAUGCUUGAAUCCUUGCAGAAGUUCCUUGUGGGUCUUGAGGCAGCUGCCACUCAAGGCGGCCAGGGUAUGUUCAGGUGUGGGUCCGCAUACCAGCCGGUAGCCCAAGCGGCAAAUGCGAGCAUACAGGAGCUGAAAGCUUUCAUGGUUUCGGAUUGGAAUUCGAAGGUCACCAUCGAAGAGCUAAAGGCUUCUUUGAAUUCUGAGUCCAAAAAAGAGGUAGAGCAGCAGAAGGCCGCUUCCGCCCAGCGCCAGUUGAAGGUACAGGAGCAGAAGGCCGCUUCCGAGGGCCAGUUGAAGGCAGGGACCGGUCACCUUGAGUUUGGUAGAUUUUAUUUUAUGGUGCAGGUAGACAAGCAGAAGGCCGCUUCCUCCGAGGGCCAGUUGAAGGCAAGGACCGGUCACCUUGAGUUUGAUAGAUUUUACUUUAUGGUGCAGGUACAGAAGCAGAAGGCCGCUUCCUCCGUUUGCCAGUUGAAGGCAGGACCGGCUCACACUGUAAUUUGA